AUGGCUGUUCCUCCUGCUGUUCUCCGUCGCCUCAUGCGCGAACUCAAUGAACUCCGAACCAACCCCCCAGAUGGGAUACGCGUCGUGGUCAACGAGGACAACAUGUUGGACGUGACGGGAAUUGUUGAGGGCCCUGAUGGCACACCGUACGCAGGUGGCUACUUCAGGGUAAGGUUCAACUUCACCGAAGAAUUCCCUGCUGCACCGCCAAAAUGUUGGUUUGCUACCAAAAUAUUUCAUCCCAACGUGUCUUCUGCUGGCGAGAUCUGUGUCAAUACAUUGAAGAAGGACUGGAAGUCGUCGUACGGCAUCGGUCACAUCCUCGUGACCGUCAAGUGUCUUCUCAUCUACCCUAACCCGGAGUCGGCGUUGGACGAGGAGGCAGGCAAACUCUUGCUGGAGGACUACCAGAGCUAUUGCGACCGCGCGAAGCUCAUCACCAGCGUGCAUGCGACACCAAAGGUUCGGCCAGCUGAGUUCAACACGCCAUCGCGGUCAGCCCCUCCACCCGACCCUACCACAUCAACGUCAGCCUCCAUGUCCCCCGCACCAUCCACACCCACGCCACCACCCGCACCUCCCUCAAAGCCCCCAUCGAAGUCAACCUCCGCUCCAUCAUUGUCAGCACCCCUUCACCCUUCUGGCGAGAACACGUUCACGACCUCCCCUUCCGCGUCCUCGUUUUCCCCCGAGAAGUCCGUGUCCACCGCGAAGGAGCGCCACGUCUCCCCAUCCCCGCUCGCGACGGCGGACGCCAACGUCGCGCCGCGCGUGCCGGCUGCAGGCUCGGGCGCGAAGAGCGAGGCCGCCGCAGCCGGCGCGCCCACAGGUACGAAGGCGGUCAAGCGUGCGGCGGUCGCGAGUGGCGCGACGGGCGAGAAGCGGAAGAAGGCUCUCAAGCGACUGUGA